AGACGAUACCCCUCCUUCUCUUUCACCUCAGCACACUUGUAACUGUGCACCUCUUUUUUUCCAGCAACCAACCCACGCCGCAUACCCCGCGAAAGCGCCGUCGCAAGCAUGAGCGGCCAUGGAGAUCCUCGAUUGCUUUAUACCAUCGGCGGUAUAAAGGCCUACCAUAUUCAACAGGGCGAAGAGAGCUCUCUUACGCCUUCGGGACCACAGACACUGUCGCUGUUGAUGGUUCCUACCAACUCGCCUUUUGCAGACCUCAGCAACUCGCGCGGCCAAAAUGAAGCACCCGAAGAAGACUUCUAUCUACACCUCAACCUCCCACCCGAGCUCGACCUCCCGCUCCCCGCGACCACACAAAUCUACCACCAGCCGCCGCGUAGUUACCUGAUACCGCGUUGGGAUUUGGGCCCAGAGAGUGGCGCCUUCACGCGCAUCGAGUUUCCGCCAAUUGGAAAGGGCUCGACGUCGGUCACGCAAGAGGAUGUCGAUACCUUUGAGACUAUCUUGGCGCAAUGUACUGCCUUCCUUGAGCGUGCCCAGGCCCCAAUACACGAGAAGGGCAAGGGCAAGGGUGACGUCAAGGCAUACAACCCUCAGGACUACCGUCCCGGCGAGGGCUACGCAGGCAAUGGUGGUAAGAAUGGCGAGGUGGUUCUGGUAGACGAGGAGAAUGGUAGCGUCGUGGGCGAGCUGGCCGAGGGUGCCAUGAUACACGCGGAUCCAGCACUACAACAAGGGUCCAAGAAUCCCGUCGAGAUUGUCGUUUCGUCGGAUGGAAAGCGCAUUGAUAUCCGCCCGCUCGACGAAGACUACCUCGACAUGGCCCGCCAUCCCGCAUACAAAGACUCUGGUCUCGUACAAAAUGCCGCUGCCGCAUCACGCCUUAUCGUGACCGGCUCCAGCUAUCUUAGUAACAUGAUGGUGUCUGGUGCAGAGAACUUCAUCAGCAAGACGAAGCCGAACGAGAAGCCCAUGAUGUUCAAGCCCGCUACACACGAACGCGCUCGCAAGAUUAACAACCUCACCACUGGCGUUGCUGGAUACUCUGCCAAGACUGUGGGACAACUUACAAAGUACGCCCAAAAUGCGGCAGCAGGAAUGGCAGGUCACAAAAAGACACAUGCCAGGAGCGUUAAUCCCGAUGGCACGCCCAACCAAAACUACAAGCCUGGUCUACUGAACAAGUCGAUGAUCGCCUUUUCCACUGUCGCCGACGGCAUCACACAUUCCGGCAAACAACUUCUGACCAGCAGCGGUGCAGCCGCCAGUGCAGCCGUAGGACACAAAUACGGCGCCGAAGCCGGACAAAUCACCACCAACCUCGCCGGCGGAGUCAAGAACGUCGGCCUCGUAUACAUUGACGUAACCGGUGUCAGCAGAAAAGCAAUCAUCAAGUCCGUCGCCAAGGGCAUGGUAGUCGGUAAAGUCAAGGACAAAAAGGGCAACGAGCAAACCGUCAUGGUCGGCGGUGGCGACGGCGGUGCUAUCGAUCCUACAGACUUGAGCCCACAUAUGGGUAUCACGAAUGACAGCGCUCCUCCUAAUCAGUCCAACACUCCUGCUCCUGGUGGUCAGGUGUCGUUUGGUGGACCCCCGCCUGCGUACCGUACUGGUGUUGGCGAGUCGCUUGAGGGACAGCCGGCGUACUAUCCACGGGAAAAGAGGUGAGGUGGUGACGUUGAGCCCUUGUGGCUUGAUGAGGUAUGAUGUCAUGAUAUGAGAUAAGUAUGAUAGGAGGUAGUGGUGGAAAGUCAGCUGUUAGAUCAGGCAUCUAUGUUUCUUCUUAUUGGUUUAUGAAGCAUCUGACAUCACUGUAGUUGGUGUCUUGCCUUUUUUUGGAGCGGGUGUGUAGGGAAAAUCGUGGAUUAACGAGAAUACAUACUUGAUUCAG